UUCUAUUUCCUUUCAUCUAAAAAUCGAAGAAUAUAAUGCUUAUUUUAUUCACUUUAAACUUUGAUUUUUAUAAACUGGCCAGCGAUGUUUUGAAAUCCAGACAGAUUCUACACUAAUUUGGUAAAAAAAAAAUAAAGAACUUUCUAGAUGACUCCAGAACCUUCAAAAUUAUUCUUUCCAAACGUUUCACGAACUUCUAGAACAUUCUUGCAACGUAUAUGGCAGUAUAAAUGCAGGGAACGUAUGCUCAACAGGUCAGUUCACUUCUAGCCGUUAAUGUGUAAACAAGUCGAUCGUCAUCAGUCAUUACUAUCUGCAUUCAUCAAGCAUGGCAUCCAGAGGUUGUAAGCAUCCGGCAGACGCAUUUUGCUACGUCUGUGGCGAGUUUAUCAAAACUAGAGCUAAAAAGUACUCUCUGGAAAGAUCACUGAAAAUGCGCGAGGCCUACAAUGCAUAUUUCGGCAUGCCUGUCGGGGAUCAGGACAAACCUUGGGCACCUCAUUUCACCUGCGAACUCUGCAAAAGAACUCUGGAAGGUUGGUACAGAGGGGAAAACAGAGCUGUGAGAUUUGCAAUCUCCCGAAUUUGGAGGGAACCAACUGAUCACUCAAGCAAUUGCUUUUUCUGUAUGGUAGACCCUUCCAAACGUCGAGCAGGCAAAAAUGCGCCUGCUAUCAUAUAUCCUGACCUUCUGUCAUCCAUUGCGCCAGUGCCACACUGCUCUGAGCUCCCGUACCCACUCCUCCUAAGAGAGAGCAGCAGUGUUUACAAAAGGAAAGUAGUUCAGAAGAACAUGAAGACACUGAUCCAGAGUUCAGAGACGCAACUGAUGAGAGAAAUCCAUACUACCCCAGCCAAGAAGACAUCAAUGACCUGAUCAGAGAUCUUGGCCUCACGAAGUCAAAUGGCGAGCUUUUAACGUCGAGACUCAAGCAGUGGAAUUUGCUAGAUGAGAGUGUGCACAUAUCAGGUCAGAGAAAGCGUCACCAGCAUUUUUCAAGCUUUUUCACUCGUCAAGAUGAGCUUUGCUUUUGCCACAAUGUGACCGGUCUGUUUGAGGCAAUUGGAAUUACCCUUAACCCCAAAGAGUGGCGGCUCUUUAUCGACAGCUCGUGCAGAAGCCUCAAAGCAGUGCUGCUUCAUAACGGGAAUAUGUACCCAUCUCUCUCCCUCACCCACUCUGUCCAGCUCAAAGAGGAAUACAAGAGUGUCAAGAUGUUGUUAGAUGCCUUGAAAUAUGAAGAGUACCGUUGGGAGGUUAUAGGAGACUUCAAAAUGGUGGCUUUCCUGAUGGGUCUCCAAAGCGGGUUUACCAAGUAUCCUUGUUAUCUUUGCCUUUGGGACAGAAGAACUACUUAUUUCUAAUGUGUCUAUUGUCUCACUGGUGUAAUUCUAGAAUAAAUACAGUAAAUGACAUUAUUGCAUUAUAUGUCGUUUUAUAUCUACUUUGUUCAAGUCAAACUUCAAAUUUGCCACUUUGUCGUCCCUAUGAGAAUGGAUAAAUUUAAAAAUGUCAUUAUCCUGGACACAAAAGCAAAAUUAGAAAUUAAUAUAAGUAUAUUUUUCAUGUUUUCUAGACAUAAGCAAAUAAGAAAUAACAGUUUCAACUCAAGGACAAAAGCUUUGUUACACGGUGUUAUCAUUAUAACCCCAAAACUUGUUAGAAAAAAGACCCACUUAGUAACCAGUUCCCGUGCAGGUCCGUGAUAAUUGGCCAAAAGAAAGGGAUAGAUAUAAAUGCCUUCAGAUCUCCCUGACUUAUUUACACACCCAAAGGAACGUUCCCCAACCAUAUGUAGCAAAGAAUCACACAAAUAACAUACUCAAAUCCAUUCAAAAAGUUCCCUAACCAGACACAGCAAAGAAUAAUUUUUUGUGUAAGAGGAAACUGGCCAAGGACAACAACAACAACAAAAAAUGCAAGUUUCCUUAAAGAUCAGUAGAGUUAGCAGUGAGUUCCAGAGUUUACCGGAUAACAGAAAUAACUUGCCCAAAUGCAUUCCGAUCGUUUCCAAAGCACAUACAGCAAAGAAAAACACAAAUAACUCACCCAAAUGCAUUCAAAUCUUUCCAUAACCUUAUGCAGAAGAGAAGUAACGCAAAUAAACCACCCAAAUGCAUUUAGAACGAGUCCUAACCACAUUUAGCAAAGAAUAAUGAAAAAAAACUUACCCAAAUGCAUUCAAAAGAAAUCCAGACCACUUAUAGCAAAGAAUAAUGAAAAAAAACUUACCCAAAGGCAUUCAAAUCCUUCGCUAAGCAUAUAUAACAAAAAAUUAUA